UUCACAGAGGGUACAUCACUGAAAAAAGGUUGAGAACCACUCAUGUAGACUACAAUGUUAUUACAGCCUUACUAUUCCCUGGAUGACGAGGAAGACCUGCUGCUGGGCCCUGAUAAGGAAAUCUGGAAUACGUUUGAGCCUUUGUCAUCUAGCCAUUCAUCAUCGGCGACGGCAUGGGACCUGCUGGACCAGAAAAGUCCGUCUUCCGUCUACCUUCAGUCCUUCGUCAUCCACGACUGCAUGUGGAGCAGCAGCUUUGCCGCCGCCGAUAAGUUGAAGAAGGCGGUGUCUCAUUGGCAGGGGGAUCUGCAAGCGCGUCAUGACUCCACCUCGUCUACUGGUGACAGUGCGAGCAAAUGUCAGAGCCAGGUCCCCCAGAUGAAGACGAGCCACACACUGGACUUUCUGAAAACCACGAGGACCUGCAUCAACCCCUCAGAGGUUCUUCCGUACUCAACGCUCCACAGGAGACAGGAUGUGACCAAAGGAGCGGGGGCAGGAGCCAACAUCUGCCCAUCAGCAGAACCUGUGGAGGAAGAAAAGGGGAUGCCGCUUUCCAAUGUCAACAUCCAACAGCACUACAACGCCCCCCCGCAGCCCAACCGCAAGCAGACUCAAAUUAGGGCUUCCGACGCCCAUUUGGCGUCGAGUCAGAGCAUAUUAACACCUUAUUGCGGCAAGGAAAGACGGAAGAAUGCCAAAGUUAUUGAGCGCCAACGCAGAAAGGAGCUGAAUAGGAGCUUCUUGGCACUGAAGGCACACGUCCCGGACUUAGUCCCAGGCCGCAGAAACCCAAAGGCAGCUAUCCUAAAAAGAGCAACAGAGGUGAUCACGGUGGUCCAAGCGGACGAGAAGAUGUUUUUGGCCAGGAAGGAGGCGCUUAUGGCAAGGAUGUGGGAGUUGAAGCACAGACUGAAACAACUCGCCUCUUAAUCUCUCACUUCCCGUUGGCUCACCUCAUCGUCAUCAUCGUGACAUGUUGGCGCCCAUUGCUCGCUUUUAUUCUUUCAA